AUGUGUUUGUAUGAUUUUUUCCAGUCAGUAGUAGAGAGAUGUUGUUUAUCGGGGGAUGUGUUUACUGCCUACCUUCACCAGAAUUACCCAGAGUUCUACACUAGUAUAGAUGACCUCGCUGCCUCCACUGAGUACAUAAGUAGCGCAGAUUACCUCACAAAUGAAUGGAGUAAUAGAGAGGUUCUGAGGGAAUAUGCUUCAUCAGUGGCAACUAGGGGCAUCAUACAUUACAACUCAAGCAGAGCAACAACUAGCAGCAUUAGUAAUACAAACAUGGGCUGGAAACCACUUCAUAAACCACAGUACUACACUGUCAGGAAAAAGGCAUUGGAUAACAGUACUGCGGCAAAAGGAAUUUUUAAAGAUCUGCACUACUCCAAGAGGGACCUGGAGACAGACAUACUGCCAUAUCUUGCCAUGACAAACUCAACUCUUAGAUAUCCUGGUCAGAUCACAUUCCUACAAGAACUAACAAGAUUUCCCAAGUUUUCUUCCACAAGGUCAGAGGUGCUUAGUGAGAAGGACAUAAUGGACUCAUUAGAGACAGACUCUAAUUUAGAACCACCCUCCACUAUCUCCUCAAUACCAAACGCAACAGAUCUCACGAACAGUCAACAAACAAUACAGCCUCCCAUAGAGGAGGAGGUUAUAAUAGAGGAUUACGAUGAUGAUGGUUAG